CGCAACCAUCAUCUUUACCGACACCAGCAAAGACGACUGCGCAGCCUUAUAAUCGACAUGGAUUCCUGGCGGGUACUCACAAAUGAGGCACCUAUGUUUGUCUGGCCCGUCAAAUUCUGUGUGGCCAUGACUGUUGCCACAUACGUGCUCUCCAUCUUCACUGGCAACGUGUCGCAGGUGGACAGAGUCUGGACGUUUCUCCCAACAAUAUAUACAGUAUACUAUGCUUUAUUGCCACUUUGGCCAUCCGUCGCACCUACCUUUUUCUUUCCAUACACCCCUGACGCUCUCCUCGCCCCUCUGAGAGAGACCUACAGCCAACGCGCCUUGCUUAUGGCAAGUCUGGUGGUGACAUGGAUGUUCAGGUUAAGUUAUAACACCUGGCGGCGUGGUCUAUUUAACCUCAAGGAUGAAGAUUAUCGCUGGGAAAUUCUGCGACAGAGAAUCCCCCCUUUCCUCUUCCAAGUUUUUAACCUCACUUUUAUUGCAAUCGCACAAAACAUAAUCUUGUUCCUCUUGGGCCUCCCUGCGGCUCGUGCGGUGGCUCAACCACACACGCCCCUCUCGACUUCAGAUUUUGUCCUCGGCACGCUGGGAUUUCUCACAAUUCUCACCGAGUUUGUUGCGGAUAACCAACAAUACUCUUUCCAGACCUUCAAACAUUCCGGCAGGCUGAACCCAAAUGAUUGGCCUGGUGCAAGAAUUUUAUGGACCGAACACGAUGCUGAACGGGGAUUUGCAACACGCGGUUUAUGGGCUUGGUCGCGGCACCCAAAUUUCCUGUGCGAACAGACUUUCUGGAUUAUAAUCACCCUCAUUCCCAUCCUCUCACCUGAUUCACCGAAGCUCGGAUUCCCGCCGACUUCGCUCGCAUCUCUCGCCCCCUUCGUUCCAUGUUUAGUUCUCUGUACUCUGUUCUUCUCUUCGACGAUUUUUAGCGAGUCGAUAUCGAAGGGAAAGUAUCCCGUUGCAUAUGCUGCUUACCAAGAUCGUGUAGCGAUGUUUUUGCCUUUACUCACACCCGUAUGGGGAAAGCUGCUGAGCAUUCAGGGAAGACAGAAGAGCGUUGAUGCGCUGGUCUAUGGUGCCGGGAACUCCAAGGGAAAGGGGAAGGCCGAGUAAGAUUGUUGCGACGCUUUCGAUAUCUUUAUAUUGCAUGGACCAUCUCGUAGCUGUUCCUCUGUUGUAUUGGAAAUAAAUUAUUCCUGAUCA